AUGCGCAACUCGUACCACGCCGGGAAGCUAGCGCUCGUCUCGACCCUCUCGUGCGCGCUUGGCAUCGCUGCCCUCGCCGCGUUGCUCUCGCAGAGCUACAUCAUCAACCACUGGAUCCCGGAGAAGACAGGGGCGACGGUCAGCGAGACGUGCAACGUGAUCCUGCCCGUGCUCUCGUCGAUCUCGGUGCUCAACCUGACGCUCGGCUUUCCGGGCAUGGGCUUGCACUUUGCGACGCUCUACUCGUACUUGCACCCGACGUCCAAGGUUGUGCUGCGGAGCAAGUACCUCUACUGGUGCGAGUCGCUCUUCCUUCUCCAUGUCCUUGGCGCUAUCGGCUUUGCCGUCCUCCUCUUGUACUGGGGCAUCCAGAACCGGUUCCAGAUCACGUGCAUGACGAGCACGUGGGGCAUGGCCGUCUGGUUCGGCAACGGCAUCCUCAUGCUCGUGACGCUUGUCCAAUGGGUCAUCUUCGAUCGCUUUCGGACGCACCAAAAGCUGCAGCUCGGGUCGCCCAACGAACUCGAGCACGUGGGCAACUGGAAGUUUCGUCGCUGGCUCGCAAGUCUCAUGGGCGCCAAGGCCAAGAAGAACAACGAGCUCCGCGCCGAGCUGUACGCAGCCGCCAAGCGCGGCAACCCCAACGAAGUGCACUCGCUCCUCGAACAAGCGCGCCGGAGCUGCGCCACCGACAUGGAACGGAAUACGUUUCUCUGGAAGCUCUACGCGACGCCACGUAUCGUGCUCGGUCUCUUCUCGACCCGCACCAAGAACCCACUGCACGUCGCCUGUGAGAAAGGCAACGUCGAGAUCGUGCGCAUCCUCCUCGACGCGGGCAUGCAGCCGGACUUUCUCGACAAGCUUGGCGGCGUUGACAUGGGCAUUGGCUCCAUCUACCAGUGGCUCUGGGGCCGGCACAACAAGAGCAAGAGCGUCCUCGUGAGCGCGCUCCACGUCGCUGUCUCGCACGGCAACAUGGCGUGCAUCGAGAUCCUCCACGCAAGCGGUGCCAACAUGGACAUUCUGGCCAAAGCCGACAUUUGGUCGUCGGAACUCGCGGUGCCGCCGCUCUUCCACGCCGACUCGCGCGACUGCAUGGAAGCGCUCCUUCGGUACGGCGCCAACCACCUCAUGGUGCCGUCGUUCGGCUCGGCCAUGUCGAUCACCGUGCUCCAGCACAACCUCUUCCUCGACCGCGGCGCCCUCGUCAGUCUUCUUGAAGAGUACGGCUGUGACGCGGCGCUCACCCCGCUGCAUGCGGUCGCGGCGGCCGGCGACGUGGCGUCGGUGCAGUACUACCUCAAGCGAGGGGUAUCCCCCGACGCACUGGGUGAGUACCACGUUGGUUUCCACCACCGGACGCCACUGCACUGGGCGGCCAUCAUGGGCCGGACGCGUGUCGUGCAGUGCCUCCUCGAGCACGGCGCCGCGAUCGAUGUGAAGGACCGCAACGGCCGCACGCCCCUGCAUUGGGCCACCCGCAACAACCACGCGGGCGUCGUUGACGCGCUUUUAAGUGCGAGCGCGGACCCGCAUGCGCCCGAUAUGGCGUACUUGACGCCGCUCUGCCUCGCGGCGCAGGCGGGGCUCCUUCGCCGCGACACGAUUGCCGCGUUCUUGGCGUACAGCGCGACAGAUGCGGCGGCCGACGUGCUCUCCAAGACCGAGUGCGGCGAGACGCCGCUGCACUACGCGCUCAUGCGCGGCCACCAAGAGACGGCGCUCGCCCUUGUGGCGUCGGGCGCCGAUAUUUAUGCGCUCAACUCGGAUAGACGCCGCGCGAUCGACUGCUGCUCGUCGGCGCAGUUGCAGUACGAAGUCAAGAAAGCCUCGGGAUCGGUCGACGUCUACCUCUCGUACGAGACGCCGUACUUGCCGUUUGCAGAGAAGAUCCGGGACGCGAUUGAGAUGCACUGCAUCUCGGUGCACUUGCGCGCGACCGACGACACGAGCGACUUUACCAAGAUCAUGGACACGGUCAGCGUCGUCAUGUGUCUCCUCUCCAAGGGCUACAACCAGAGCAACCGCUGCAUGCAAGAACUCGCCUUUGCCAAGCAGCUCGACGUCCCUGUCGUCGCCGUCAACUGUGACUGCCCCACGCUCUCGGAAGAGCUGCAAGUGUACCUCUACACGCGCCAGAUCAUCCCGUUCCAGCCGUGCAUCCUCGACGCCGAGUGCCACGACGGCUACGUGCACUUUGACCGGCUUCGAUCGCUCCUCGACGGUCUCCGCGACGAAGUCGAGCUGCACCGGCUCGGCGGCGGCCACCAGCAGCAGCACAAGGCACGCGACAUGCAAGGACUCUUCCGGCUCACGUCCUUUACGGAGCUUGGGACGGCGUCACCUGCGACGAAGCCAUCGUCCAAGCUGCGGCUCUCCAACUCGUCGGUUCUGUCGAAAGCGUCGUCCGUGCACUAUACACUCACGAGCUCCAACUCGUCGCGCAAGAACGUCGGUCACACCAUCUUUAUCUCGCACGGCGACUGCCACGACGCCUUUGUCACCACGCUCAAGACGCGUCUGCGGGACAUGGGCGCGAGUGUCCUCGUCGACUCGGGCACCAAAGUGUCCAACAUGAAGGAGCGCAUCGUCGCGGCCAAGGACGCAAUCUUGCAGUGCCAGCUCUUCCUCGUCGUCCUGUCAGUCGAGAGCGUCAAGACGCAGCUCGUGAGCGACCAAUUGGCGUUUGCCGAGGAUAAAGGCAAGCGCAUCGUACCCAUCUGCUACCACGACACCAUCCAGGACCCCGACGGCAAACUCCAGCUGUUUGAGAAAGACCGCGUGCUAGUCUUUGACGACGACCUCGGUUUUGAGCACGGCAUGGACAACUUGCACGAGAUCCUUACGGACGUCCUCGAGACGGAGGAGAGCGACGAGGCCGACGAGGCCAUGGACCGCGUCGACCAAGACGUGUAA